AUGGCGCCAAGGGCAGCACUUGUACGACAGCAUGGGCAGAGUCAAUCUCAGAGCCAGCCCGGGCGAAGAACUUUGGGAGUCUUGGCAUGUUGGCUCGCGAUGUAUCUGCUUCCGGCGACGGUGCUUUUUGUUCCAGGUGUUCGAGUCAUGCCCCAGAGUCUGACGCUGGGGACGGCUAUCCGAUUAAACGCCCAAGAUGCGGACGCAGAGCCCUCUUCUGCAGAGAUCCAGAAGCUGAAGGCUGAGCUCGAACUGGCCCAGGCGAGGGCCGCGGCCGCGGAGGCCAAAGCCGCUCUGGCCGCCGCGCAGACGCAAAGUUCGGCGCCAAUAACGGAGCCCUCGGAGGCUUCCGUGGGCAGUGUGGCGACGGUGCUUGAGCCGGAGGUCGUGGAGUCGUCCUUCUCCUUAUCGGAUUAUUCUCAGACUGAGCAGAGACCUGCCCAGUUCCUGUUCGGAGAGAAGGGCGUCGCUUUCUUUGACCUCUUGGACCGGCUAGAAAACAUUCCGGAUGCAGGAACCACAGUCCUGGACGAGGUGGUGCGUGGCUGGUUCCUUGCGAUCUAUCAACUUUCAGCAGUGUCUGGCUCUGCCAUCCUGCCCGAAAAUGUUCCGGACGGAGUUCGAAGCAACGUCGCAGAGCUAGGAGCCGCUAUGGAUGCCGAUGUUUUGGCGACGCUCCUGCUCGACACCGACAAGGGUGGGGACUGGCGGCCCUGCUUGCAGCGACUGCGCAGCGCCCGCCUUUCCGACAUAAUGUCAGAUGCACUGAACUGGACAACGAUCUUUCCAGAUCGGCUCAAUGCUCUCACCGAGCUCUCCAUGCCUGACAGCAAAUCCCGUGUGAUCGACUUCUUGUCCAGCGACUCCUUCAAAGACUGUGGGAGUUGGUCCGAUGCUGAGGUCAUUGCCGCUGAAAAUCUGAUCUCAAGCGAUCCAAAGCUUGCGAAGAUCUUUGACAGGAUUGAGAAGGUAAAAUCCUCUAUUGCGGAGAACGUCCGGAAGCAGUCGAUCAUCCCCAUCGUCGGACUAGUCUUGCUGGUGGCUGCAGUCGCUUUCUUCUGCAAUGGCAUCAAUCUAGGUUCAGGUGCCGAUGGCGACAGCAAUUUGAUACCCGAUCAAUCUCAGUUGCAGGGGCUGCCUCUAGUCGGCCUUGAGAAGAAGUGA